AUGGUGACCUUGGUGUCUUUCAAGUUGAAGAGGGAUGCAGGUCAGUGGUGGAAGUAUACGCAUAGGUGCAUUGGGGUGACUUGGGAGCCUUUUGUCAGCGCCUUCCAGGAGAAGUUUUUGCCUUCCACGGUUAGGGAGAAGUUAAGAGACCAGUUUACAAAGUUGGUGCAAUUGAACACACCUGUGGUAGAGUUCGAAGCCACCCUUACUAGCUUGUCUAGGUUUACACCCGAGCUUGUGGCGACUAAGGAACGUCGUUGCUUGGAGUUUGAGAAGAGGUUGAGGACCGGGCAAAUGUUUAAGGUGGCCAGUUCGAUGAUUAGAGAUUACAGACGCCUUAUGGAGGCAGCGGCUCAUCUUAAGACCGUAAUGCAGAUAGAGGAGGAGAGGAUGAGGGGCUCCAGGAAAAGUCAGGAUGCCCAAGGAGACAGUAAGAGACGGAGAGGUUCUAAUCCGCAGCAAUCCCAUGGAGCACAGUCGAGGAAGGCCAAUGUCGUGGCCGAUACAUUGAGUAGGAAAUCUAUUAGCAGCGUAGCUUCUAUUUCCAUCCAAGAAUGGGAGAUGUUGGGUGCUCUUGGGGAGUUUGACUUGCACCUUGGCGAGUCUGUUGCGUCUCCAGCCUUGUUUUCAGUGGUUGCACAACCUAUACUUAUAAACCAAGUGUUAGAAGCGCAGAAGGGUGACCUUGAGCUGGUAUUGAUAGGCGGGUGUGACCCGGUGACUUGGCAGGUAUCGGAUUCAGUGUUUAUUUACAACUUUGUUUCUGGCAUCUGGCGGCAUGGGACAGAUAUGCCAGGUGGCGGAAGAUUAUUCUUUGGAUCUGCCUCAGAUUUUGAUCGGAUGGUGUAUGUUGCGGGUGGUCAUGAUAAAAAGAAAAAUGCACUGAAAUCUGCCUUGUCAUAUGACGUGGCUAAAGAUGAAUGGAUCAAGCUUCUUGACAUGAAAAAAGAGCGAGGCGAGUGUAAGGGUGUGUUCUUCGAUGGCAAGUUCCACGUCAUCAGUGGAUACCCUACAGAAAUGCAAGGUCGUUUUGAAAGUGAUAUUAAAGUAUUUGAUAUUACUUGGCAAUGGGACUGGAUCGAAAAUGACUUCUUAGAAGAUGCCAUUUGUCCACGGACAUGUGUCCACAGUGGCGAUUCAGGAUUAUACAUGUGUCAUGAAGGUAAUGUGAUGACUCGUAUGGAUACUACUUGGCGAGUCUUAGCUAGACUAUCAGCUGAGGUGUGCAAUGUGGCUUACAUGACAGUAUGGCAAACCAAGUUGUUAGUGUUUGGUUCUUCUGAAUUAGGUGAACCCUACAAAGUUUAUGAGAUGGAUUUAAAGAAUUAUACGUGGACAAAAAUUAGAGCACCACAUGAAUACUCAACCCAUGUCCAGUUUGGUUGUUGUUUGGAGAUUUAAAUUAACUUCUCAGAAGGAAACCUUAAAUCAUACAAUUUUUUUAAUCAAGUUUUUUUAAUGAUAUAAUUGA